AUGGACAGUUUCAUGAAGAGUCGAGAUCAUUAUUUCAAGACUAGUUCCGUAAAAAAUCCCGGUCUAAGACGAAUGUCCUGGCGACAACAUUCGCAACCACAAAUGGGCAGUAAUAUUAGUGAUGAUUUACGCGAAAUGUUGGAUCGGAAACGAUCAUUACCUCGUCCACCAAUUACGAC